GUUCGGGUCAUUGUGGAGAUCCUGUGGCCUGUGUUCAUCUUCAUGGGUCUUGUGUGGCUCAGAAGAGCCUAUCCCCUUUACCAGCAACAUGAAUGUCACUUUCCCAACAAGGCCAUGCCUUCUGCAGGAGUCUUGCCUUGGAUCCAGGGGAUUUUCUGCAAUGCCAAUAAUCCCUGCUUCCGUUACGCAACUCCAGCAGAGGCUACAGGGGUCGUGUCGAACUACAACAACUCCAUACUAGCAAGGUUCUACGCCGAUUCCCAGGAACUCCUUUUUCGAGGCACCGAGUUCCAGCAGCUGGGACGUUUGUGGCAGGAAGCUUCCAGCUUCAGCAACUUCAUGGACACCCUGCGAAAAGACCCUGGGCGGGCCUCAGGGAGAGGGCUGAAAAUUGAUGACAUUCUCAAAGAUGACGAGAUUCUGACGUCAUUCUUAUUGCGGGAUGCUGGUCUCUCUGACUCUGUGGUGAACCAGCUCACCAAUGCUCUAUUGCGCGUGGAGCAGUUUGUGCAUGGGGUCCCUGACCUGACUCUGAAGGAGAUCGCCUGCAGCCAGACCCUCCUUGAGCAUUUUUUCAUCUUCCCUGGGCAGCGUGGGGCACAAGGCGUCCGGCAUGCCAUGUGUGCCCUCCCCCAGCAGAGGCUGCAGAAGAUUGAGGACAAGCUCUACGCCAACAUGGACUUCUUCAAGCUCUUCAAACUGUUGCCCACAGUGCUGGAUGCUCACUCCUCUGGGAUAGAUCUGCACUUCUGGGGCCAUGUGCUGUCAAUGGUGUCUGAAAAGAUCCAGGAGCUGUUGAACAGGCCUAGCUCCAGAGAGUUGCUGCGGGCGUUGUCCCCCAUAUUUCAGGAUGGGGGCCCCUCUUCCCCCAGCCAGCUGGUGUCCAUCGUGUCAGACCUGUUCUGCGGCUACCCGGAUGGCGGCGGCUCCCGUGUGUUGUCCUUCAACUGGUAUGAGGACAACAACUACAAAGCCUUCCUGGGCCUUGACAGCUCCAGGAGGCAGGGUAGCCAUAGCAACAAAGACCCAAUGGCCACUCCUUUCUGUAAUACACUAAUGCAGAAUCUGGACUCCAACCCUGUUACUAAAAUCAUGUGGAAUUCAGUCAAGCCCCUAAUAAUGGGAAAGAUCCUGUAUUCUCCAGAUGCCCCUGUUGUGCACAAGAUAUUAAAGAGUGCCAACAGCACAUUUGAGGAGCUGGAGAGACUGAGGAACAUGGCAAAAGCCUGGGAGGAAGUGGGACCUCAGCUCUGGCAGUUCUUCCAGGACAGUGUCCAGAUGAACAUGAUUCGGGACACCCUGAGAAACCCCGCAGUGAUGCACUUCCUGGACAAGAGACUGGAGGACACGCAGUUCACCACAAAACACAUCCUUAACUUCCUCCACAGUGGGUGCGAGGACCGCUAUGAGGACAUGCCUAACUUUGACUGGAGGAACAUCUUCAACCUGACCGACCAGGGCCUCCGCAUGUUUGUCAAGUACAGCGAGUGUGUAAACCUGGACAAGUUUGUGGGUUACACAGACGAAGAGCAGAUGAGUCACGAGGCUCUCUAUCUCUUGGAGGAGAACAAGUUCUGGGCUGGCCUGGUCUUCCUAGACUUGUACCCCUGGACCAAAGAGCUAUCCCACCAUGUUAAGUACAAGAUCCGCAUGGACAUCGACGCAGUAGAACGUACCAACAAAAUCAAGGACAGAUAUUGGGACCCUGGCCCCAGGGCUGACCCGAUGGAAGACCAGCGCUAUAUCUGGGGGGGAUUCGCCUAUCUGCAGGACAUGAUCGAACAUGGCAUCCUGAAACUUCAGACACAUGAAGACCAGCCUCUGGGUGUCUAUGUACAGCAGAUGCCAUACCCCUGUUAUGUGGAUGACAUGUUCAUGCUGACCCUGAACCGCUGUUUUCCCAUCUUCAUGGUGCUUGCCUGGAUCUACUCAGUGUCCAUGAUGGUGAAGAGCAUUGUGCUGGAGAAGGAGAUGAGACUGAAGGAGACCCUGAAGGCCAUGGGUGUCACCAAUGGGGUCAUCUGGAGCACGUGGUUCCUCGACACCUUCCUCAUGAUGACCACCAGCACAGCCCUGCUCACUGCCAUCAUAAUGAAUGGAAAGGUGCUCAACUACAGCAGUCCCAUUAUCCUUUUUCUUUUCCUGUUGACCUUCACCACGUCGACCAUCAUGCAGUGCUUCCUGAUGAGCGUGUGCUUCAGCAAGGCCAACCUGGCUGCCGCAUGCAGUGGUAUCAUUUACUUCACCCUCUACCUGCCGCACCUCUUCUGCUUUGCCUGGCAGGACCGCAUCACCAAAAACAUCAAGCUAGCAGUGAGUUUGCUUUCACCAGUGGCAUUUGGCUUUGGAACAGAGUACAUCUCCAGCUAUGAAGAACAGGGUCUGGGGCUGCAGUGGGACAAUAUUAGCACCAGCCCUCUAGAGGGCGAUGAGUACUCCUUCCUUAACUCCAUCCACAUGAUGCUCUUCGAUUCAUUUCUUUAUGCUUUUCUGGCCUGGUAUUUUGAUAAUGUCUUCCCAGGACAGUAUGGUAUUGGCCAGCCAUUCUAUUUUCCUCUCCAGCCAUCCUACUGGAUGAGUGCCAGGUGCUCCCACUCACAUACUGUUGAUCUAGCUCCUGAGAAGCCUCAAGUGGAGAUGCUAGAGAAGAAGGAGCUGGUAGAUGGGGCUGAUGCCAAUGGCAUGUGCCCUGCACUUGACCACAAGUACUGCAAGCACCAGGACAAGCGGGACAGGCUGGAGCGAGAGAAGGAGCAGCAACUAAAAAGUGAGGAACAGCAAAGUCCUCUUGAGGAAGAAAAACAGGCUAGGCUAUUGGGGAAUCCAUUCUUUGAGCCUGAGCCUGAAGGGUUAGCGGUGGGCGUAUCAGUGAACGACCUUGUGAAGGUGUAUGCUGGGAGCUCGAAACCUGCUGUGGACUGCCUCAACAUUACAUUUUAUGAAGGCCAGAUCACAUCCUUCUUGGGACAAAAUGGUGCAGGGAAGACCACCACCCUAUCAAUCCUCACCGGCUUGUUUCCACCAACCUCUGGUACUGCAUACAUCAAUGGCAAAGACAUUCGCAUAGACACGGAUACCAUAAGACAGUCUCUGGGCAUAUGCCCCCAGUAUAACAUUCUCUUUAACCAUCUGACAGUGGAGGAACACAUCCUCUUCUACUCACUGCUAAAGGGUCGUUCUUGCACAGAGGCUAAACAGGAAGUUGAGGACAUGCUGGAAGACCUUGGCUUACCACACAAGAGAGAUGACCAGGCACAAAAUCUGUCCGGUGGCAUGCAAAGGAAGCUAUCUGUUGCCAUGGCAUUUGUUGGAGGCUCAAGGGUGGUGAUUCUGGAUGAGCCCACCUCAGGAGUGGACCCCUAUUCCAGACGCUCCAUUUGGGACCUGCUCCUCAAGAACCGUGCAGGGCGUACUGUGAUCCUGUCCACCCACCACAUGGACGAAGCUGACCUUCUGAGUGACCGAGUAGCCAUUAUCUCUAAAGGCCAGAUCCGUUGCUGUGGCUCACCUCUCUUCUUGAAGAACUGCUUCGGCAUGGGCUUCUACCUCACCGUGGUGCGGCGCAUGCGCAAGAAAGUGAAUGAGUGCGACUGUGCCUCUGAGUGCUCCUGCACGUGCUCCACCUGUACUGGAUACAAGGAAGAAAUGCAGAAGCAGUACACAGAGAGGAUCCUAGAUGGUAGUGUAGAGAGUAUCACCAGUCUUGUACACCAUCAUGUCCCUGAAGCCAAGCUGAUUGAAAUGAUUGGUCAGGAGUUGACCUACCUGUUACCCGAUAAGGGCUUUAAACACCGCUCUUAUGCCAGUCUGUUCCGAGAGCUGGAGGAGAUGUUGGCAGACAUUGGCCUCAGUAGCUUUGGCAUUUCAGACAGCUCACUGGAGGAGAUCUUCCUGAAGGUUACUGCAGAUGGAGAGGCUGCCAAUGGUACCAUCAACCCAGAGCAGUGGAUGCUAAAGCAGAGGGACCAUGGCUAUGGCUUCCUGCGUAACAGGGAACCCAAUGAAAAUGCUGAAGAAGCAAAUGGCUUGCAGGAGGAUGGUUAUGGGAAGCAUGGAGAAUCAGACUGUAGUGCAGGGAAGGCUUCCAGACUGGUGAAAGGUUCCAGCCUGGUGCUGAAGCAGCUCCAUGCUUUACUGGUCAAGAGGUUUCACCAUGCCACCCGCAGCCACAAGGACUUCUUUGCACAAAUUGUUUUUCCGGCCAUGUUUGUGUUAAUAGCUCUGACCUUCACCCUGAUUGUCCCUCCAUUUGGAGAGUACCCAAGUUUAGCCCUAACUCCAUGGAUGUAUGGACCACAAUUCAUCUUCCUUGGCAAUGAGCAGCCGUUCCAUCCAAAGAUUAAGCAAUUCAUUCACAUGAUGCUUAGAGAUCCGGGCAUAGGGACCCUUUGCAUGGUGGAUCAGCCUUCAGAACAUUUACCAUGUGGCAGCAACACGACUGACUGGGAGGUUCCACCGGUGUCACCUGUGGUCAGCAAUAUAUUACUGAGCCCUGAGUGGACAGAGCAAAACCCCUCCCCUUCCUGCAAGUGCAGCACUAAUGAGAAGCUCAGCAUGCUGCCAGUAUGUCCAAUAGGAGCUGGGGGGCUACCCCCACGUCAGAGAAAAGAGGCCCUAGGACACACUUUGCUUGACCUAACAAACAGAAACAUCUCAGACUACUUGGUAAAGACUUAUCCCAGUCUCAUUAAAACUAGCUUGAAGAGCAAAUACUGGGUGAAUGAACAGAGGUAUGGUGGACUCUCUGUGGGCGGGCAGUUACCAAUACUUGAUGUAGAUCCCAAAGAAAUACAGAAUGCAUUGUCUCAGCUUGGCCAGAUGAUGAAUAUCACCGGAGGUCUCCACUCAAAGAUGGCUGUCAAAGAAAUAGGAGCUUUUCUGCACUACAUGGAAAGUGAAUAUAAUGUCAAGGUUUGGUACAACAACAAAGGCUGGCAUGCUAUGGUUGCUUUCAUGAACAUAGCAAACAAUGCCAUCCUUCGGGCAAACCUACCACGCUAUGCCAAUCGAUCUGAGUAUGGCAUCACUGCUAUUAAUCACCCUCUGAACCUCACUAAGGAACAACUCUCUGAAGUCACUGUGUUGACUACAUCUGUGGACGCGGUGGUGGCCAUCUGCAUCAUCUUCGCCAUGUCCUUCAUCCCGGCUAGCUUUGUCCUCUACCUUAUCCAGGAACGUGUCACAAAAGCCAAGCACCUGCAGCUUGUCAGUGGGGUUAGCCCUAUAGUGUACUGGGUGGCUAACUUCUUUUGGGACAUGAUAAAUUACUCCAUGAGCACAGCCAUGGUGGUGGGCAUCUUCCUUGCCUUUGACAAAAAAUGCUACACAUCAGCAAGUAACCUCCCGGCCCUUGUAGCUCUGCUCUUGUUAUAUGGGUGGUCAGUCACUCCUAUGAUGUACCCCAUGUCCUGCGUCUUCAAUCUUCCCAGCACGGCGUAUGUGUCUCUGUCCUGCAUCAACUUAUUCAUUGGAAUUAACAGCAGUGCUAUCACCUUCAUCCUGGAGCUCUUCGAGAACAACAGGCCUCUGCUGAUGUUUAACGAAAGCCUAAAGAAAGCACUGCUGGUAUUCCCUCACUUCUGCCUGGGCAGAGGCCUCAUUGACCUGGCUAUGAGCCAAGCGGUAACUGAUGUCUAUGCCCGAUUCGGGGAGGAUUUGGCUAGAGAUCCAUUUCAAUGGGACUUUGUGGGGAAAUACAUGGUCUUUAUGGCAUCAGAAGGUCUAUUGUACUUCACCUUUAAUCUUCUGCUCCAGUAUAGAUUCUUUUUGGAUAACUGGCUGUCUGGUUACAGCAGACCUCCUGUAGAUGAGGAUGAUGAUGUGGCUCAGGAGAGGAAGCGUGUCUACAGUGGAGGCAGCAAGAAUGACAUCCUACUGAUUCGAGACCUGUCGAAGACUUAUGUGGGCAGGAAGAGGGCGGCAGUGGACAGGAUCUGUCUCGGGGUUCCAGCUGGGGAGUGUUUUGGAUUCCUUGGUGUGAAUGGGGCUGGAAAGACGACUACUUUUAAAAUGCUGACUGGAGACACACACGUCACCUCUGGAGAGGCCACAGUGGCUGGACACAGCAUUCUUACCAAUAUGCUGGAUGUACAUCAGAACAUGGGCUACUGUCCUCAGUUUGAUGCUAUCGAUGAGCUGCUGACUGGCCGCGAGAACCUCUACCUCUACGCGCGCCUCCGUGGGGUCCCUGAGUCUGAGAUCAGCCGCGUGGUAGAGUGGGGCAUCCAGAAGCUGGGACUGUCAGAAUAUGCUGAUUGGUGCUCAGGAACCUACAGCGGGGGCAACAAGAGGAAGCUCUCCACUGCCAUCGCCAUGAUAGGCGGCCCGCUGCUGCUUCUCUUGGAUGAACCGACCACAGGAAUGGACCCCCGCUCCCGCCGCUUCCUCUGGAAUGCCAUUAUGAGCAUCAUCCGGGACGGGAGGGCAGUGGUACUGACCUCUCACAGUAUGGAGGAGUGUGAGGCGUUAUGCACCCGUUUGGCCAUCAUGGUAAAUGGCACUUUCAAAUGUCUUGGCACCGUUCAGCACCUGAAAUACAAGUUCGGUGAUGGUUAUGUGGUGACGAUGAAGAUCCGGGCAGCUAAAGGGGGUGGCGCUCCGGACCUGGGCCCAGCCGAGGCCUUCAUGGAGAGCAGCUUCCCAGGAUGUGUCCAGCAGGAGAGACACCACAACACCCUGCAGUACCAGAUUGCCACCUCUUCGCUCGCCCGAGUCUUCCAGCUGUUGGUAGCCAACAAGGAGAAGCUCAACAUUGAGGACUGCUCUGUCUCCCAGACUACACUGGACCAGGUGUUCGUCAACUUUGCCAAGCAGCAGUCAGGAGAGGAUGAUGAUUUAAUACUUCAUCCCAAGGCAGGAGGAGCAUGGCGAGAGAUGAAGAUCUUCCCCCUCCUGACAUGAAUAUGACAACAUUCAUGGGUCAGAAGAUUUUGGCCUCAUCUCCUGAGUAAUGGCUGAGUGAAAAUAUUACACUGAGCUGAACACAUCAUUAACAAAACUACUCCAAAAGCCUUUUCUAUUGAGAAUUUGGAGAGGAAAUGCUAUGCAGUUCAAACUCUUAACUAUUUUUUCAAGAUAUUUUGACAUUUCCAGAUGUUUGUCCACAGGAUCACCAGUGUGAUGUGGCAAAUGAUUAUGAUAAAAUGUUUGUCAUAAAACAGUUCUACAUAAAAUCACUGUUAUGCUGCUUUGUAAAUGAACUACAGGUCAAGCGUCACUGAUUUACUUCUUGUCCAGUUCCAGAUAGAUUUUAUAGGUCUGUAAUGUAAUAAUCCUGGCUAGGGCCGAAUGCUUUGUUUGCAAUUAAAAAUCUCAGUAGGUUUCCCCAUCCUUUAAAAUUGUUUGCAUGUUUACACAUUAUGUAAAUUUGGACAUAUUUUUUGUGCUUUUUAAUGAGU